UACACUUUACUUAGCUCUUACAGUUCGCGUUAACUCUUCUACAAGACCAGGGCUCUGACGAUAUUUCGAAAAGUCGUUUGCUGCUGGAAAAGUAUUUCUAUUCAUUAAAAAAAAAAAAACUUAUUACCUGAAUUUUUUUUUUUAUCAUCAAAUAAAAGUUGCAAUCUAUACAAUUCAACAUGAAAACGGGAAUCACCGUAUUUUUCACCCUAUUCGCAGUUGCGAUGGCAGCUAAUUUACCGGAGUACUUCAAAACGUGCAGAAGAAGCGACCCCCAAUACAGCAAGUGUCUGGACACUACGGUGACCACAAUUAUCAGAAUGCUGGCCACAGGCUUGAAAAGUUUCAAAAUUCCUCCCAUCGAGCCGUUGGCAGUGUCCAGUGUUAAGAUUGGAGAAAGCAACAGCCCUGUUGCUUUGAAGCAAGAAUAUCACAACAUUAAAUUACACGGACUCACCAAUUUAGAAGUGAAAGAUUACAGGAUUGAUUGGGACAAGCUUAUUCUUCGAUCUACUUCUUUCAAUCCUCAAGUAGAUUUUGUCGCCGAUUACUCAGUGGACGGUCAAGUGCUGUUCCUUCCUAUCACUGGAAAAGGCCGUUCGAACAUAACGAUGUACAACCUUGAGUCUACCAACACAAUUUAUUGCGAGACAUACGAGAAAGACAAAGAAACUUACAUGAGAGUAAAAGACUAUCAAAUCCAAUUCAAACCGGAAAGAGUAAAUCUGCACUUCGAGAAUCUCUUCAAUGGUGACAAUCUUCUUGGAGAGCAAAUGAACCGAUUCAUAAACGAAAACUCCGAUCUACUCUUCAAGGAACUCCAAUCCUCCUACGAACAAACUUUCGGCAUAGUCUUCGCUCAAAUCGCCAACAAUAUCUUCAGCCGUGUUCCUAUGAGAAGACUGUUCCCGCAAUAAAACAUGGUAAUCCCUGUGACCAAUGUUGGAAUCUUUCUUUAGUAAAUACGAUGUGAUAAUAAAAAAAAUAAAAGAAAUUUGCGACUGA